UGGUUCAAAGAUGCCACACUGGUAAUUGGUGGACUUAUUAAUGUUCUCAUCCUAUCUCACACGUCUCUUGGCUUUUAUCUCAUUACCCAGUCAAACACAUCGAUCCCCCAAUCCACAUGAUUUGAGGUUUGCUUGAAUAUAACUCAAUCAUUGAACAAUGAGCUCAGUUGCAAUGAAAACUUGUCUUGUAUACUUGACUUACGUUGAUAUAUUCUGUGGGCACAUAGUUAUCUAUUAUGUGCACACAAGUCAUUGGAUUCGUGGCCUUUUUAGAUGAUGAACCUGGGUGGGUAGCCUACAACUUGCUUCGUUCAUGUCUGACCUUUUUAAAUUUACAGACUUCACCCAACUUGUCUUCAAUAAUAAAAUGACUCGCUUUAAACUUUUCAGCAUGUGAAUAGAAUAAUUUAGCAUCUGGAAAAGUCCGAAAUCCAGAUUCCAAGAGAAGUCAAUGCUUUAACACUGAGUAAAUUCAAACUAAGAAUACCCGUUAUGUGUAAUCUCCAAGUCAAGGCUAUAAUUAUAUAGAAUUUGAAAGCAUAUCCUCACUGCAUAUUCCAGUUUAGUUGUCAUCCUCACCAGAUCUUCAGGGACUGGGCAGGUCUCAUCUUGCAUUUAUUAAUUGUGGGGAGAUGACGGAUGUGUGAUAAGCAGAGUUUUGUGUAUACGAUUAGAAUGCAACAUGGAUUCCCAGAGGAAAUUUUCAAGUUUAUUCGUUUUAGUCGUGUGCUUGAAUGCUGUUGUAUCAUUUGCAGCAGCGGGAGUUACCAGUAGAUAUGUGAGAAGGCUUGAAGCAACUCUGGAUAUGCCCAUGGACAGUGAUGUUUUCAAAGUUCCCGAGGGUUACAAUGCUCCUCAACAGGUCCACAUCACUCAAGGAGACCUUGUUGGUAAAGCUGUAAUUGUAUCAUGGGUUACACCAUCAGAACCUGGAUCAAGCACUGUUUUAUAUGGAACCAAGGAGUACAAGUACAAGAAUGCAGCAAAUGGUAUUGUUACAACUUAUAAGUACUACAAUUAUACAUCGGGAUAUAUUCAUCAUUGCACACUGAAGAACUUAAAGUUUGACACAACAUAUUUUUACAAGAUUGGAGAAGGAAACACAACACGUGAAUUUUCAUUCUCAACUCCUCCAAGACCCGGUCCUGAUGCCCCAUAUACUUUUGGUGUCAUUGGGGAUCUUGGUCAAUCCUUUGACUCAAAUAAGACCCUUCAGCAUUAUUUGAAGUCCAAAGGACAGGCAGUUUUAUUCGUAGGAGAUCUUUCCUAUGCAGACAACUAUGAAUUUCAUGAUAAUAGGAGAUGGGACUCAUGGGGAAGAUUUGUUGAAAAAAGUGCAGCUUAUCAACCCUGGAUAUGGACAGCAGGAAAUCAUGAGCUUGAUUUUGAACCUGAGAUUGGGGAAACACAGCCCUUUAAACCAUACAAGCAUCGAUACCAUGUUCCAUAUCGUGCUUCAAACAGUACAGCUCCAUUUUGGUAUUCAAUUAAGCGUGCAUCAGCAUACAUCAUUGUUCUCUCCUCAUAUUCGGCCUAUGGAAAGUAUACUCCCCAAUAUAAGUGGCUUGAGAAGGAAUUUUCAAAAGUUGACAGGAAGGAAACUCCAUGGUUGAUUGUGCUCAUGCAUACUCCAUGGUACAACAGCAACAACUACCACUUCAUGGAAGGGGAGACUAUGAGAGUACAGUAUGAAUCAUGGUUUAUAAAAUACAAGGUUGACAUUGUCUUUGCCGGCCAUGUUCAUGCUUAUGAAAGAUCUAAACGCAUAUCAAAUGUGGCUUACAACGUAGUGAAUGGGAAGUGCACACCAGUGCUUGAUCCAUCUUCUCCUGUUUACAUUACCAUUGGUGAUGGUGGAAAUCUAGAAGGCCUUGCAGCUAAUUUUACAGAACCACAACCGCAUUAUUCAGAAUUUAGAGAAGCAAGCUUUGGGCAUGCAGUUCUUGAAAUAAAAAACAAGACACAUGCUUACUACAAUUGGCAUCGUAAUCAAGAUGGAGAAGCUGUAGCUGCUGAUUCCCAAUGGUUUUAUAACAGAUAUUGGUAUCCCCAAGAAGAACCUACAAUGGAAACAUGAAGCUGUAAAUUUCAUAGCCACGUUAGGUGAAGAUAGUGAGGUCAUACAUUCUAAAGUUGUGGAUUUUAGUUUAGGGCAUAUCUUCCUUUUGUUGCAAGCCUUAGCGUAUUGUCAUGAUAAUUCGUUGAAUAAUAGGCAUGUCAGAGAUCCCAUCUAUGAGGACUGGUGAUGCAUCAGAUAGUGCAUUCUAAUAAAGGUAAGAACGAGGGCUGCAAAUCCAAUUGUUGGAACUCUCAUAAAGAAUUAAGUCGGUCUCUUGUUCAUUGGCAUGCAAAUUGUCCUUGCAAUGCAGACGUUCAGGUAUCUAUCUUGGAAUUUAGAUAAAAUGCUGCUUAAACAGAAAAAAAUAUGUGAAUCUCGUAUUUUUCAGAAGUA